AUGGUUUUCCUCAGACGGACGCUGCUGCUUCAUUACCUGCUGCUGUCGGCCAUGUUGGCUCUGCUCCUCUUCAUCAGCUCCUUCUGGCUACCUCAGGGUGGAGGCAGUGACUGCGGCACCGCCUGGCAGCCAUGUUUGAAUUUUUACCGCCAAACACCUGAGCCUCCGUUGGUCCCUGAGGAGUGGGUGGAGCCUGAGGGGCCCCCGCCCGUCCUGAAGGAGUGUCCCGGCCAGUCCUUCCAGGCCUGGCGUCUGCUGCUGUAUUUAAAGUCCAGUCUGUCAGAUGAUGAUGAUGAUGAUGAUAUCCUGCUGGAGCCGUACCUGCAGAGCUGGGAUCAGCUCCUCAGCUUCAUGGAGUCUCUCGGGACCAUGGUCAGUUUCUUCUCUCAGAAGGUGAAUGAAAAGGUCGCACUCAUACGAGACCUGUCACUCAGACAUGGUGCAGAGGCUCAUGGGAAACGUGGUCCAGCUGACCAGUCCAGGCUACAAACCCCGGCAUCGUUUGGACUGAAACAGGGGGUGUACCGCUCGCUCCGGUCCAUGGUGGAGGCGGAGCUGAAAGCGGGUGCGGUCGACUUCUCCCGCCGCACGGACUCUGGCUGCAGGACGCUGCUGAGGCUGCACCGGUCUCUGCUGUGGCUGAAGCUGAUGCUGGAGGGUUUGGCUGAAGGACCGGACGCACACGGACGCUACAAAACCCCCGGUGAGCUGAGCAGGGACGCCUACAGGGUGGCGCUGGCCCCCCACCACCACUGGAUGCUCCGGCAGGCCGCAGAGAUGGUCUUCCUCGCGCUCCCGGACAGACAGCACUUCCUGCGGCUCGUGUGCGUGCAGGACCAGCGCGAGGCCACGCCCGUCCUGCGCAUCAUCAUCCGCGCCCUGACGCUGGUGCACGCGCGAACUCAGCGGAUACUGUCCGAGCACGACAUGCUGCAGCUGCCGUGA